GAGCAAGAGCGUGGGGGCGUCGCGGAAAAAUGACGUAAUGCAGCGGCUCCUUAAAGGUACCGGCCCCUCGCACCGAGGAUGGCGCAGGCGCGGUCCGAGGGCUCUCGCUUGUUCACGGAUCAAGGAUAGCCGGGCCGGACGGGCGCGCGCGCGCGCGGGCUGUGUAGACGGGAGCGCGCCGGACGCGGACAGCCCAAGGGGUCCGGCGAGGCGGCGUGGGGAACAGGACUGGCCGGCUGACUAGCGGGCGCCGCGAUGGCCGAGGGUAGCGCCGUGUGUGACCCUCAGCACGCCGCGCGCCUGCUGCGAGCCCUCAGCUCUUUCCGCGAGGAGUCCCGCUUCUGCGACGCGCACCUGGUCCUCGACGGGGAGGAGAUCCCGGUGCAGAAGAACAUCCUGGCGGCGGCCAGCCCGUACAUCAGGACAAAGUUAAACUAUAAUCCUCCAAAAGAUGAUGGAUCAACCUAUAAGAUUGAACUUGAAGGGAUAUCGGUAAUGGUUAUGAGAGAGAUCCUGGAUUACAUCUUCAGUGGGCAGAUCCGGCUAAAUGAAGAUACCAUCCAAGAUGUUGUACAGGCAGCGGACCUGCUCCUGCUGACGGACCUUAAAACGCUGUGCUGUGAGUUUUUAGAAGGCUGCAUUGCUGCUGAGAACUGCAUCGGGAUCCGUGACUUUGCACUUCACUACUGCCUGCACCACGUGCAUUACCUUGCCACGGAAUACCUGGAGACUCACUUUCGAGAUGUCAGCAGCACAGAAGAAUUCCUAGAACUGAGUCCUCAGAAGCUUAAAGAAGUGAUUUCUCUUGAGAAGUUAAACGUUGGCAAUGAAAGAUAUGUAUUUGAGGCAGUAAUUCGAUGGAUAGCACAUGAUUCAGAAAUGAGAAAGGUCCACAUGAAGGACGUUAUGUCAGCACUGUGGGUUUCAGGAUUAGACUCCAGCUACUUACGGGAACAGAUGCUGAAUGAACCAUUAGUACGAGAAAUUGUCAAAGAGUGCAGCAAUAUACCACUGAGCCAGCCACAGCAAGGAGAGGCAAUGCUGGCCAAUUUCAAACCCCGGGGCUACUCAGAGUGCAUUGUGACUGUUGGUGGAGAAGAAAGAGUUUCACGGAAACCAACAGCAGCAAUGCGCUGUAUGUGCCCUCUUUAUGACCCUAAUAGGCAGCUUUGGAUUGAACUGGCCCCUUUAAGCAUGCCAAGAAUUAACCACGGAGUGCUCUCAGCAGAAGGAUUUUUGUUUGUAUUUGGGGGCCAAGAUGAAAAUAAGCAGACCCUGAGCUCAGGAGAAAAGUAUGACCCAGAUGCAAAUUCAUGGACUGCAUUGCCACCAAUGAACGAGGCAAGACAUAACUUUGGAAUUGUGGAGAUAGAUGGAAUGCUGUACAUUUUAGGAGGAGAGGAUGGUGAAAAAGAGCUAAUUUCCAUGGAGUGUUAUGAUAUUUAUUCUAAAACCUGGACAAAGCAACCUGAUUUGACCAUGGUUAGAAAGAUUGGCUGCUAUGCAGCUAUGAAAAAGAAAAUCUAUGCCAUGGGUGGAGGGUCAUAUGGAAAACUUUUUGAAUCUGUGGAAUGUUAUGACCCAAGGACCCAGCAAUGGACUGCUAUAUGUCCGCUGAAAGAGAGAAGAUUUGGAGCUGUAGCCUGUGGAGUUGCCAUGGAACUGUAUGUAUUUGGGGGAGUCAGAAGUCGCGAGGACAUCCAGGGUAGUGAGAUGGUAACUUGCAAGUCUGAAUUCUACCAUGAUGAGUUUAAAAGGUGGAUCUAUCUUAAUGACCAGAAUUUAUGCAUCCCUGCCAGUUCCUCUUUUGUUUAUGGAGCUGUACCCAUAGGAGCCAGUAUUUAUGUUAUCGGAGAUCUUGACACAGGUACCAAUUACGACUACGUGCGUGAGUUUAAAAGGAGCACAGGAACCUGGCACCACACUAAACCACUCCUUCCAUCUGACCUCCGCCGCACUGGGUGUGCAGCCUUACGUAUUGCAAAUUGCAAGCUUUUCCGCCUGCAGCUUCAACAAGGCUUAUUCCGUAUCCGUGUUCAUUCACCUUGAAGAGGAAGCAGAGCUGAAGCAGAGCUCCUGACCAAGCACCGUAAGGUGGCUUUAUGCGAGGGGGACAGAGAUGACAGCCAAACCUUGCUCUGCGUGCCGGGCUUUGUGUGGUAACUCUGGUGGUUUUAUAAUGCUUAGACGCUUGAGCUUCAGCUCUUGUUUGGGAGAACAUGUAACUGUUGAAAAACUGCCUGGGAGUAAUUACUUCCUCCAGUUAGAUGUGUCUAUAGACAAAUGGAGGCUAGUCAGUGUCAAAAGGAAGAGGGAAGUGAGAAUUGGCAUAAUGGAAAAUACUCAAGUUAAAAUAAGGUGCAUUUUCCCUGAAGGGAACUCGUAUCUGACUACUGUGUACCUGGCUUUGGUAAACAAACAAACAAAAAUCCAUAUAUGCAAAUCAACAUACCCAAAUAUACCAAGACUGCUUUCUUCUGCACUUGGAAGGAAAUAUUAUGCCUAACCCUGCCCAACAAAUUAAGGAUUGUGCCUAAAAUGUAAGAUUGGACUGUAUGCCAGCUAGUCUCCAUUUACUAUUAGUAUUCUGUGCUAAGAAUAUUUUUUAAACUAUAUUAUGAUGAAUGGAAACUAAGAUAAAAUUUCUGUUUGGUGACAUUCUAUCUUAGUGAUGUAGACUCAGUAAAUGAAUGAGUCACGUUGCAGCCCUCCUGUGACUUUAAAGGAAGUUGCUAACUUCUGUGUUAAUUUAGAUUAAGGUACGUCAGGCCAUACUUUCUGGGGUAGUGCUGGUGGGGUUGGGAAGGGUCUCAGCAGUGCCACUCGUCCUUCAGCUCAUCAGAACCGUUUUAUAAAUCAGAAGCCAUUAGAGAGUAGGAGAUUUUAUCAAAGAAAGGCCUGAGUCAGACAAAUAAUAAAGGUCUGCUGUGACUACAAAAACAUACAAAAAAACUGUCCAGGCAAAAUAUAAAGGGAUCAAAACUUUUUAAAAAUCUGCCUGAAAGCACACACAGUCUUGUUUACUGCUGUUUAGGAUUUGAAAACUUGUCUUAGAAUGCGAACAUGUGUUCAGAAUCUAGUCUUUGUAGUAGGAUUUUCUCAAUGCCGUUCACUAGUAAGAGUUUUAGACAAAUUACGAUAAAGUUUGGCUGGUAGAAUACACUACCUCAACCUAACUUCAUUCUGUUCAUAGUAGAGCAAAUUCAUCUUUUCCUUCUUUCCUAUCUCUCACUCCCAUGCCACUCUACCCGUUCCUAUGGGGGGAAAGUCUGUCAUUAGUAGCAUAUAUCUUUAAAGAUAUUUUGUUUCCCAUUCAAAUUAUACCACCUUAGUGUGAAAUCAGGGACUUCAAAGUGCUUGAUUGCUUCAUCAUUUGAAUUUUAUGCAAUAUCAGGUUUCUAGUCAAUUGAAUAUAGAAUUCUUCAUUUUUAAUUGUUUUCUACAGCUUUUUUUCUCUCCUAGAAUAUGGCUCUAUGCACAGCAUUUUGUCAUAAAGAUUAAUGUAUAAAUGUAUCUAUCCUCUGGUUGUAAAUUUGAGACCAGGAAUUUUUUUAGGAAACUGCUAUAUGGAAUGUUUGUAUGUUGUUAACAUGCAUAUGAAAUGUCGCUUGUGUUUUCCCACCAUGCUCAGAAAAAAGAGUGAGAGUUUUUGUUAUGUUUUUAACACCCAUUAGAAGUCAACACCAUGCUAUAAAAGUUGCUGAAAGGAGCCUUGCCCAUGGGGGUUCUAAAGAACAUUGUCUGUGGCCCAUUUACUCUCCAUUCUGGCAGGAGAGUUGGUAAAAGAAGGUAUGAGGUUUUUAUAUUCUGUGUCAGGGCACGAGGCCAGGUUUGCCACACAUUAAUGUAACAGUCAAAUUCAGUCUGUAAAUCAAAGCCGGUCUUUUUUCUUUGUGUUGUGUACCAGUCAGCUGUUGUCCGCACACUUUUCCAAUGAUACUUUGGAUAUUUAUUAAUCAAAGCAAGCUCCAUGGCCACUGCAAAGAAAGAAAACUUGCUUUUUACAAUUAGAUAUCAGUUUUAGAGAAGAUAAAUUGCUAAAAAAAUGAAUUUUCUUUGGUAAAAUAUCUUGUACAGAACACAACUUUGACAUUUGGAAGCUGCAGUUGAGGUACAUUAAAGUGGUAAUUGAUAUCUUAUUAAAGCCAUGACAAUCAGCAGUUCUCUCUUUUCUUUAAAUUUCUGAAGUUUAAAAUUCUUCCCAGUCUAUGCCAGGCCUUUCCAAGGAGACAGUUCAUUGUCCAGGUGUGAAUGGGUCCCGGAUGCAAUAUUGUCAGUGCCUGCAUGACUUGAUCAGUUCAUUUUAUAAAGUUUUUUUUUUAAUUCAGUUUGAUGACACUAUUGCUGCAGAAAUUAGGGAAUGUUUUAUAAAAUAAACUUGCCACAUAAUAUGGGAUGCAACAACUAACAAAAGCUGUUAAGUGCCAAACUGUUUUUUACUAUAUAAAUAUAAAAAUAUUAUGUUGGAGUGUAGGGAUCUAUUUAACUUUAUUAUGUUCCAAAAUUAACCAUGACUUUUUUUGUAAAUUACAGUUAUUUCAGUAUUGUGA